AUGAAAAUGCCACCUAAAGAAACGGCUAAAAAGCCAGCAACACAAAUACAACGACCUAAUGUAAGUUAUCAAGAUAGGAUAGAAACGGGCGUAGACUUUACUUUACUUGAGGCAGCAGGAAGGUACCAUAAACAAAAAUGCCUCAAGGAAAACAUACCACGGGUGCCAUUUUCGGUAGCCCUGGAGAAGAAAAUUAAAACGAGUAUAUUAAAUGGAUUUUUUGAUGAAGAAAGUAACCUUAGUCUGCAAGAGCAUUGGGAAAUUAUGUUACCAAUAAGUCUGUGGGACAACGAAAAGUUCGCAAAUGAAGAGGGGAAAAUAUGUUUUCACAACUGCAACUGCAUAACUGAUGAUAUGCUUAUGUUAAUAAAAAAAGCAGUAAAAUUGAAUGAUCGGAAAAUUUUAAAUGAUGAACUAAAAUUGGUGAAUAUUUUACGAGUGAAUGAUAUAGAGAUGACGGAACUAGAUUCUGAUUUAACGGAAUUUAAAAACGUGGUGACAUUAAAUCUAACAUGUAAUUACAUAGAUAAGAUAGAUCCGACUGUCCUACCACUGGGACUGAAGGUAUUUGAGUUGCAAGCAAAUCGAUUGAGUGAUGUUGAACAUUUUGCCGAAUAUUUACCGUCGGAAAUGUCGUAUUUGGGUCUUAGCAGAAAUUUACUAAAUAAUGAUAGCGCCUUAGGUUUGGCGCGCUUACCGCAUAGUAUUACAGUAUUGGAUUUGUCUGACAACGACAUCUAUGAUCUAAACUCGGUACUAGAUCCCUUAGCGCUGCUGCCCAGUCUCACUGCUUUACAAUUGGCGGGCAAUCCUUGUUCGGUGUGUGCGGCCUAUGCCCGUUCGACAAUUUCUCGACUGCCGCGUCUCCUAUGGUUGGACAAUAGAGAAAUUCUACCAACUGAUCGUUCAGUGGAGCCCUUUGAACCCCAUCCCGAUGAUUUGAGGACUGCAUACUUUAACUUUACCGUGUUUAGGAUUAUGUCGGCCAUACAGCCCCCAAAGGCGGAAAAAGGUGCAGUCACUGCAUUUCACGUUGAGCUGGAAUUGCCGCUCUUAGAUGGAAUGAGGCGACAAUUUUUGAUGUUUCGUCAAAAUGAGUCGUUGACUGAAAUGAUGCCUCCGCCAGAAGACGAAGAUUGGUCUGAGUCUAAACACACCUCCGAUAUUGGAAGUAGGAUGAUCUUGGAACCGGAAGCAUCAUCUCACGCGUCUGAUAUUUAUGCUCGUUUAGUGUACAAAAACUCUCGAGUAAUAUCUCAUUACACCACCUUUGAGAGCAACAGGGUUCAAUGGAACAAAAUCAUGAACUUCCAAGAGCCAACUGUGAGAAUCUUUUGCCCUAACCUCACGGCACUGAGAGAUACAUUUCGGACAGUUAUUACACUGAGAUUGAUAUAUUCUGUGACAGUCGUAAGCAAACCAAAUAAAGCAGAUAAGAAAAGUGCUCUUUCGUUAAAACCACCGGGAGAGCAACGCGUGACUCUGGCGACUAUAAGGUGUUCGUUGAAGAGGCUGGAUUGGAGUCAAAACUCACAACAUUUUCAUUGGGAUGACUCACUUCUUACUGAUGACGCUAUACAUUGGGGCGAUGGUGAUCUUUCAAUAAUUCAGUAUGGCCUCGGUGCAGUGAAACCAACGAAAGGUAAACCCGAAACAGAUCCAACAUCCUCUCGCCAACUACCACCCGACAACCUCACCUGCCAUUUUGGAUUUGGCAUUGACACUUUGCGGGCCUAA